GGUGAUUUGUAAUGUGGCGAAAUAAAAAUGAGCACUAUCCCUCGCAACUAAACCUUCUCAUCUACGCUACUCAUCUCAAACCACACACACACUUCCUCUCCCUCUUCCCUCUCGCGGGUUUCCCCCAAAACCCUAGACACUAAACCCUAAUCUAUCCUCAUCUCUCGCCACCGGCGAUGCAGGUGUUGGCUUGUGAUCCAUCGCCGCAGAUCCAUGGGUUCCGAGCGGCGGCGGCGGCGAGGCGCUUCGGCCGCCGAGAGAUCGUCGUCGACGGGGUCUCAUCCGCGUGCCGUAGGAGCAGCAUCGCGUCGGAUUCUGGUGUUUUCGAAGCUUCUUCACAAUCCGAAUGGAUUUCGAGGUCAUCUGACGACCAGACAUUUGAAUUUGGUGAAAUGAUGAAUACCGUUAUUCCAUUCGCAACACGCCGAAAGCUUUUUGCUUCUUCAGCCUUCGGUUUUUGCUUGCAUUCUUCAAGGUAUUUUCCAGCCCUUGCUCUAGGCGACACGUCUGUCAAAAUCAAGGAUGUAACUCCUCAAGUUUUCCCUUCUGGUCCACUCUUUGCUUCUGAGGAAAGGACUGUAGAGCUUUUUGAGAAGAACACUUAUUCUGUUGUCAACAUCUUUGAUGUAACAUUACGUCCCCAACUUAAUUUAACAGGUGUUGUUGAGGUUCCAGAAGGAAAUGGUUCUGGAGUAGUUUGGGAUGAUUCUGGACACAUUGUAACAAAUUACCAUGUUGUCGGGAAUGCUCUGUCAAGGAACCCUAAGCCUGGUCAAGUUGUUGCACGUGUUAACAUACUUGCCUCUGAAGGGGUGCAGAAGAAUUUUGAGGGUAAGUUGAUCGGUGCAGACCGUGCUAAAGAUCUUGCUGUGCUGAAGGUGGAAGCUUCUUCAGAUCUCCUGAAGCCAAUUAAUGUGGGGCAAUCCUCUGCUCUUAAAGUUGGGCAGCAAUGUUUAGCAAUUGGAAACCCCUUUGGUUUUGACCAUACUCUAACUGUUGGAGUUAUUAGUGGACUGAACCGGGACAUUUUAAGUCAGACUGGGGUAACAAUUGGAGGUGGUAUUCAGACAGAUGCAGCCAUCAAUCCUGGGAAUAGUGGUGGUCCCUUGCUAAAUUCCAAAGGUCAUAUGGUCGGGAUCAACACAGCGAUAUUUACGCAGACAGGGACUUCUGCAGGCGUAGGCUUUGCCAUCCCAUCUUCAACUGUACUUAAGAUAGUACCUCAAUUAAUCCUGUUUGGGCGGGCUGUUCGUGCUGGUUUAAAUGUGGAAAUUGCCCCAGAUUUGAUUGCUAAUCAAUUGAAUGUUCGGAAUGGUGCUCUUGUGCUACAGGUUCCUGCAAACAGCUUUGCAGCAAAAGCUGGUUUGCUUCCUACGACGAGAGGAUUUGCAGGUAGCAUUGUUCUCGGGGAUAUCAUAGUUGGAAUAGAUAAUAAACCUGUUAGGAGUAAAUCAGACCUAUUGAAGGCUCUGGAUGAUUAUAAUGUUGGAGACAAAGUUGUGUUAAAGAUCCAGAGAGGUACUCAGAAUAUGGAGAUAAGUUUGAUUUUAGAAGAGUCAAGCAUGUGAUGGACAUUUAAAUCCCUACACCUUUAGAUGACAUUUAGCUAUCUAGUUUGGUAAUUAGUAACCGAUUCUUCAGUUCAAUCUAGGGAGGUCUUUAAUUAAGAUGAAAUUAUUUCAGAAGGGGCAUGUUGUAGUUCAUUUUGUAGCUUUGCUCCUUUUUUCCCUGUUUAAAUAAGUAAAUCCAGUUACUUUUGGCCAGUGAGGCUUGCGGGGAAUGUGGACAAGCUCUUGUUGUACAGCUCAAGCAUAUUGUUGGUAAAUUAAGUUCUUCUUAACUCA